UGGGGUUAGAAUAGAGUUAGGUUGACAUAAGGCUGCAUUUUGAUGACUUUGCACACAAAAUAACCAAUAUUGUCUUUCAUAUCUUGGGAAAGCCUGACUUUUUUGCCCUCUUUGGGGCAAGGUUUUUCCUUGUAUGGCUGCUAUUCCAAGCCUUGAGCACAGGAGGGCACUGUUUUCUGUACCAUAGCAUUAGUACUGAGGGCAUCAUAGGCUUUAACUCGGUUUAAGGCUUUUGAAGGAGGUUUCCUUCAUUUGUCCCUGUUCUACAGUCCCGGGGCCUCCUGUUUUUCUAUUAAUAUAAAUAAAUAUUAAUAGAGAAACAUAUAAUAAUAAAGAUGCAGAAAAGUAACCUCAAAAUCCCAUUAAAAAGGUUUAUUUCCUUUUGUGGUUGCUAUUCCAACCGUGACCACAGGAGGACACUGUUUUCUGUCCUUUAGCAUUAGCAUUGCAGUCAUCAUAGAUCUUUUAUGUCAGUUUAAGGCUUUUAAAGCAGGUUUCCUUCUUCUGUGCCUGUGUUGCAGCCCCUGGGCCUCUUGCUGCCGUAUUAAUAACGAGGCUUCUAAUAAUAAUAUUAUUCCAAACGGGGCCUCUCCAGCGCUGCUUGCCAGCUGUGGACGCCGAUGCCUCCUGCCCAAUCGGGGGCAUCAGGGCUGGCAUGGCCCAAGUCUGCCCGCCCUCUCGUGGCGCCAUUGGAGACCCGCUUCUGCUCCCAGAGUCUGGGACCCGCCUGCAGCUCCACCCCGCUCACCUACCCGACAGGCCCCGCAACUUCAACAAAGUCUGGACUUCAACUCCCAGAAUUCUUCUGCCCGCCCGCUCCCGCCGCUCCUCUACGCGCGCAUGCGCGCCCUCUGCUGGCCGAGGAGGCGUGGCCGACUCCGGGCUCCGCUCGUCGAGCCUGGCCGCAGCGGAGCCCGGGGAGGAUGCCGGAGAGGCGCGUCGCCCUGCCGGCUUCCGUAGGCGCGCUCGGGCCGGGGCCCGCCGGAAGGAAGGAAAGAAGGAAGUGCGCGGCCGGGAAGGAGCCGCUCUCGGCGGGAGUCUCCCUGCUCGGGGCGGCGAUGCUCCCGGACUGCCUCCUCUUCGAGAUCUUCCGCCACGUGCGGCCGCCGGACCUGCUGGCCGCGGGGCGGGUGUGCCGGCAGUGGCGCCGCGUGGCCCGCGACGAGGUGCUCUGGAAGCGGCUCUUCUACCGGCACUACGGCGUCGCCUGCCACGUCCCGCGGCACCCAGCCGCCGCCUCCUGGUUCGGGGAGUUCCGUCGGCUCUGCGACGCCGUCCCCCGCCUGGAGGUGCAGAGCCUGCGGGAGCACGCCGAGCCGGUGCUGCACCUCAGCUUCUCCCACAGCGGCCUCCGCUUCGCCUCCUGCUCCAAGGACUGCACGGUCAAGAUCUGGAACAAUGAUCGCCAGAUCUCACUGCUGCAUAGCACCAGCAUGAAGAAAUACAACUGGAGCUACACUCAGUUCUCCCAGUUCAACGCAGACGACUCUCUCCUCUUGGUGUCCGGAGUCUUUAUGGGCCCCCGAAGCUCCUCGUCUGGGGAGAUCGCAGUCAUCGGCCUGGAGAACUUCGAACUCCUCUCCCGCGUCCGCAACAAGCCCUACGACGUGUUUGGCUGCUGGCUGAACGAGACCAACCUGAUUUCCAGCAACCUGCACCGGAUCGGGUUCCUCACUUCCUGUUCCGUGUUGUGGCUGAACAAUGCCUUCCAGGGCGUCGAGUCUGAGAACGUCAAUGUGGUGAAACGGCUCUUCAAAAUCCAGAACCUGAACGCCAGCACUGUACGGACAGUGAUGGUGGUGGACUGCAGCCGCUACAGCUCUGCUGAGGAGCUGACGAGUCCCGGAGAGCAGGGGGGAGAUGAGGGCUCUGCUUCUCCCUGCCAGGAGGGCCCCCCCGAGGAGACAGAGGAGAGGGCCCAGCUGAGGGGUUUCCCAGCGGCCGAAGGGGAGGCAGGGACUGAAGAUGGGUUGGACCGCUUCCUGAGUGACAUCAUGGCGGGACACGUCCGGCCAAUCAUGACAGAGAUGGAGAUGGAGACAAAAGUGGCCCGACUCCUGGCCCGGAACCGCACAAAGCCCCCGGAGCCCAACCUGCUCUCCCUGCAGGGUGGGAAGAAGAAAUACCUGGUCUUCAGCACCGGCUGCCUCACCUACUCACCUCACCAGAUUGGAAUUAAGCAGAUCCUUCCCCAUCAAAUGACCACCGCCGGGCCUGUUCUGGGGGAAGAAAGGAAUUCGGACAGAUUUUUCGAUUCGCUGGAUCACGUCAUUGAUAUUCACGGGCAUAUCAUUGGCAUGGGCCUCUCCCCAGACCACAGGUACUUGUACGUCAACAGCCGCGCUUGGCCCGAGGGCUGCGUCAUUUCCGAUCCUUUGCAGCCGCCCCCCAUCGCCGAGGAGAUUGAGCUGCGUGUGCUGGACCUCAAGACCAUGAAGGAGGCCAAGCGGGCACUGCGGGCACACCGGGCCUUCACCCCCAGCGAAGAGUUUAACUUCAUUUUUCUUGAUGUCAGCAGGGACUUCGUGGCCAGUGGGGCGGAGGAUCGCCACGGAUACAUCUGGGACCGGCACUACGACAUCUGCUUAGCCAAACUGCGGCAUGACGACGUGGUGAACUCAGUGGCCUUCAGCCCUGUGGAGCAGGAGCUCCUCCUGACAGCCUGUGCGGACAGCACCAUUAAAGUGUGGCGUUCUCCCUGCGCUGUGCGGGUCCUUCACACAGAGAAGCCCAGGCUUCGUGGACGUCUCUUCUCCUGGGCCACGAAGCAGAGAACGUGAGCCGAGCAGGGCUUGCUUCAGGCUCUGUGUGUGUGUGUGUGUGUGUGUGUCAUCCCCUGCGACUCUGGCCCAGCCCACUGACCUUCACUGCUUGGGUGAGGCAUGGAACAAUCGCCAUUUGAGGACGCAGCCGCAGGCUGGUGGGUGCUGUCCAAGGUCCUUUUGGAGACCACCUGCUUGCAGGCUGGCAUAGUUCUGUAGGAUGCUGCCACCCUGAUGUGGCUUCUGGGCUUUGGACAGCCACGAAUGGAGCCAGGAAACCUGCGCUGGUGCUGCUGAGUCUCUGCUUGGCAGGGAGGUAAGAAAAAAAGCAGGUGAGAAACACAGCUGGCCACUUCAGUGCCUCUGCUCUGGUUGACCCGGGUGGCAGGGAAGCUCGCUCUGAAAAGUUUUGGAGCUGGCAGCCUGCAAGGCCCUGGAUGGAGCACGUGUGCCUUCCAGCUCUGAGCGUUCUUUCCCUGUAAAACAUUUUCUUUUGGGGAGGGGGAAUAUAAGCUGCGAAGGAUGACUGGUGUUUCUUUUGUUAAGCAGAAAGAAAAAUGUGUGGCUGCUCAAGAAUGUACACUGAGGGGGUGGGCAGCUUCAGCGCCCCACCAACUUUGGCCACCCAGUGUGGCCUGGCUUGGUCUUAAUAAACUUUGCUUGACUUGC